AUGUCGCCAACGCCUAGUAUACGCAGUAGACCACCGUCUAUUAGCACUGCUGACGAGAACACACCCCUCUUGUCAUAUGUGGAACCUACACCUAUAGGAGAGAGCUCAGAUGUUUCGGACCAGCCCUACGAGGACCAAGGCAUUGACAACAGGAACGGGGAUGAAGAUCGCCCACUUCCAAAAUUACAAGUCCUUCUGUUGUGUUAUGCGGGCUGUUUAGGGUCUAUUGCUUUCUUCUCAAUCAUUCCUUAUAUCAAUUUCAUGAUUGAGAGAGUUGGCGGUAUCGACAAGGAGGAUGUUGGUUUCUAUUCUGGGCUGGUUGAAAGUCUCUUCAGUGCAACUCAGAUGUGUGUCAUGAUUCUGUGGGGCAAGGCUUCUGAUCGGUAUGGGAGAAAGCCAGUGCUGGUUAUAUCGUUGUUUGGAAUGACCCUUGCUACGUUACUAUUCGGUCUAAGCCAAUCUAUAUGGCAGCUGGCGUUGUUCAGAUGUUUUGCUGGCGUCUUUGCUGGCACUGUUGUUAUUGUCCGGGCCAUGCUCUCUGAGAACAGCACCAAGCACACACAAGCUCGCGCCUUUAGCUUCUUUGCAUUCUCCAACAAUAUGGGCAUCUUUUUAGGCCCGCUAAUUGGUGGCGGACUCGAGCGACCAGCCGACAAGUUCCCCUCAACUUUUGGCAAGGUGCGGUUCUGGCACGACUAUCCUUACGCUUUGCCAAACAUCGUCAUUGCGGCAAUUGGCCUUUCUGCCGGCAUUGCUACCCUGCUGUUUGUAAAGGAAACAUUGCAUACUCGUGGUGAUUCGAAGAACCCAAAGCCCAGCAUGUCGACUCGGGAGCUACUCAAGUACCCCGGUGUCGCACGUGUUCUUCUUAUCUACAAUUAUGUCAUGCUUUUGGCGUUCACUUUUACCGCCGUGUUUCCACUAGCCCAAUACACACCUGUGGAUAUGGGCGGCCUUGGCUUCUCAUCAGGUCUAAUCGCCAUGUUCACAGGGCUGAAUGGGGUGUCUCAAGCUGUUUGGCUACUACUAGUCUUCCCGAUGCUGCACAAGCGUUUCGGCACUGGUCGUUUGCUUUGGCUAUGCGCGCUAGCUUGGCCUAUCUUGUUCGUUUCCAUUCCGAUUUACAACGUCUUUCUGCGAUAUGGCAAGACUAUUCUUUUCUGGGCUACUGCACCACCGAUGCUGGCAUUUUUCAGUGGAGUUUCAAUGGCAUUCACCUCGGUACAGCUUGCACUCAACGACAUUUCACCCUCGCCUGAGACCCUUGGGACUCUGAACGCUAUUGCAAUUGCAUUCCAGUGUGGUCUUCGAUCCCUUGGUCCUGCCAUAGCAACUAGCAUAUACGCUCUCAGUGUCAAGUACAACAUCCUAUGGGGCCAGCUAUUUUGGCUUACCCAGGUUGCUUUGGUAUUUGGGUUGUACGCGUUGUUGCCAAUGCUUCCAGCCAAGGUUAGAGGCGCUCCGAGACCUAAGCUUGAUAAUGGUAGUUCGUAA